CCGGUGUUGUGAAUGUGUAUGGAAAAGAUGGCGGUCAGCAUCCGAGGCCGUCCUAUCCGAAGUAUACGGAUGCGAGGUCGGAAUGACAGUGGGGAGGAAAAUGUACCGCUCGAUCUCACAAGAGACCCUUCUGAGAACAUGCGAGAGAUCCUCCAGAAUGUGGCCAAACAGCAGGGUGUCUCGAAUAUGCGCAAACUUGGCCACCUGAACAACUUCAUCAAGCUACUCUGCAAUGUCGGGCACUCCGAGGAAAGGUUCGGCUUUACCUUUGAAGAAAUUAUCAUAUGCCUCAGGUUGGCUCUGCUCAAUGAGGCUAAGGAAGUGCGGGCAGCUGGCUUGCGUUCUCUCCGCUACCUCAUCAGAGACAGUAAUAUCCUUCAGAAAGUACUGCGUCUCCAGGUGGAUUACUUGAUUGCCAGGUGCAUUGACAUCCAGCAGAGUAACGAGGUGGAACGCACACAAGCUCUCAGAUUGGUGAGAAAGAUGAUCACUGUGAACGCCCUGCUCUUCCCAAGCUCAGUUGCAAACUCUCUCAUUGCCGUGGGCAAUGAUGGACCGCAGGAGCGGGACCGUAUGGUUCGGGCCUGCAUUGCCAUUAUCUGUGAACUUGCACUGGAGAACCCCGAGAUUGUGGCCAAGAGGGGUGGUCUCAGCACCAUCCUGAAGAAUGUAAUCGACUGUCAGCUCAGUCGAAUCAAUGAGGCUCUGAUCACCACCAUCCUGCACCUGCUCAAUCACCCACAGACACGGCAAUACGUUCGCUCUGAUGUGGAGCUAGAGCAAAUCCUGGCACCUUACACUGACUUUCACUACAGACACAAUCCAGAUACGGCAGAGAGUCAACUAAAAGAAGACAGGGAGGCUAGGUUUCUGGCCAGUAAGAUGUCAAUUGUUGCUUCACUUCGCUCUUGGUCAGGCAUCAUUAAUCUCUGCAAGUCAGGCAACUCUGGAAUCCAGUCUCUCAUUGGUCUGCUGUGUAUACCAAAUAUGGAAGUGAGGCGGGGUCUGCUGGAAGUGAUGUAUGAUAUAUUCAGACUCCCUGUUCCCGUGGUGACACAAGAUUUUCUAGAAGCUCUUCUCAGUGUGGACCCCAGUAGGUUUCAGGACAGCUGGAGACUGUCAGAUGGCUUUGUAGCAUCAGAAGCAAAAAUAAUACUUCCGCAUAGGGCGCGCUCCAGACCUGAUUUGAUGGAUAACUAUCUCGCCUUGUUACUUUCUGCUUUCAUCCACUGUGGACUUUUAGAGGGCCUGGUUGAAGUGAUCACUAGCAGUGAUGAUAGCAUUUCAGUGCGUGCAACCAUCCUCUUAGGAGAGCUCCUCCAUAUGGCAAACACUAUUCUUCCUCACUCUCAUAGUCACCAUCUGCACUGCCUGCCUACACUUAUGAACAUGGCUGCUUCUUUUGACAUUCCUCAGGAGAAAAGACUGCGGGCUAGUGCUGCAAUCAAUUACUUGAAGCGAUUUCAUGAGAAGAAGAAACGAGGCCCCAAACCCAAUAGUCUUUACUUGGACCAAAUUAUUCGCAAAUCGCUGGCUGCUCAUUGCAGUCGGGACCAGCACCUCAGGCCCCAGAGAGACAUUUUUGUCAUUAAGGACACUGAGGAGGCCCUGAUGAUGAACCUCAGAGACAGUCAGAUUCUCAAUCAUAAACAGAAUUUGGACUGGAACUGGGUCCUGAUCAGUACCAUACUCAAGUGGCCAAAUGUCAACCUUCGAAACAACAAAGAUGAACAGAUGCACAAGUUUGUGCGAAGGCUGCUGUUCUUCUACAAGCCUAGCAGCAAGCUGUAUGCUAGCCUGGAGCUGGACCACAGCAAGGCCAGGCAAUUAACAGCGGUGGGCUGUCAGUUCAUUGAGUUCCUGCUGGAGUCAGAUGAAGAUGGGCAGGGGUAUCUUGAGGACCUGGUGAAGGACAUUGUGCAGUGGCUGUCCUCAUCCUCUGGGCUGAAACCAGAUCGUAGUCUGCAGAGCAACGGCCUCCUCACCACCAUCAGCCAGCACUACUUCCUCUUCCUCGGCACGCUCUCAGCCCACCCGCAGGGAGUUAAGAUGCUUGAGAAGUGCAGUGUCUUCCAAUGCCUGCUGAACUUGUGCUCCCUAAAGAACCAGGACCAUCUUCUCAAGCUGAUCAUUUCCACACUGGACUACAGUCGGGAUGGUUUGGCACGAGUCAUCCUCUCAAAGAUCCUCACUGCUGCCACUGACAACUGCAGGCUGUACGCCACCAAGCAUCUGCGGGUGUUACUCCGAGCUAACGUAGAGUUCUUCAGCAACUGGGGUAUUGAACUGCUGGUGACUCAGCUACAUGACCGCAACAAGGCCAUCUCGGUGGAGGCUUUGGACAUACUGGAUGAGGCCUGUGAGGACAAGGCAAACUUACACGCUCUGAUUCAGAUGAAGCCAGCACUAACUCACCUGGGAGACAAGGGUGUGCUGUUGCUGCUACGGUUCUUGUCCAUCCCAAAAGGGUUCUCCUAUCUAAAUGAGAGGGGAUAUGUCACUAAACAGCUGGAAAAAUGGCAGAAGGAAUACAACCUCAAGUAUGUGGACCUCAUAGAGGAACAGCUAAAUGAAGCACUCACUACUUACCGUAAGCCAGUGGAUGGGGAUAACUAUGUGCGACGGAGCAACCAAAGGUUACAAAGACCAAAUGUUUUUCUUCCUGUGCAUUUGUAUGGGCAACUUGUACAUGAUAAGACAGGCUGUCAUUUGCUGGAAGCUCAGAAUGUAGUUUCUGAUCUGAGCUACACAGUCCGCUGCCCAGCGCUGGACAAAUGGGAGGGCAUCAAACAGCUUAAAGCUGCUCUUUGGGCCCUGGGAAACAUUGGCACGUCUAACUGGGGACUGAACCUCUUACAGGAAGAGAAUGUGAUUCCAGAUAUCGUCGCUCUUGCCCAUGACUGUGAGGUUCUGUCUAUUAGGGGGACGUGUCUUUAUGUUCUGGGACUCAUUUCUAAAACUAAGCAGGGCUGUGAGCUGCUCAAACUGCAGGGUUGGGAUGCAGUCAGGCACAAUCGCAGACAACUUUGGCCUGUGGUGCCGGAUGAUGUUGAGCAGCACCAGAACUUACAGCAGCAGCAGCAGCAACAACAGCAACCCCUCAUCCACCUGUCUUCAGCGCCCAGCACCCUUAGCCUGAACUCUGAGUCCACCAGUUCUAGACACAACAGCGAGAGUGACUCCACUCAGCCUAGCAUGUACAUCCUGGAUGAUGACAAGUUGGAAAGUUCCGAGCUUUCAGAGGACCAGCCACUGUACUUCAGGCCCAAACUCCUAAAAGACCGCAGCCCCUUCACCAUAUUGGCCUCCAGCCGGCUUGUCCGCAACCGCUUCCUCAUUUCCCUCUCCGGAAAGAAAGUCCGCAGUACCAGUGACCCCAAAGGCACUGGCGGCAGCAGUAAACUCCAUGGCGAGACCACCCUAGGAGGCCUCAGGAGGAUACGCACGGUCACGGAGCCCUCUAUAUUCUCUCCAGGUCAGGGAGAUGUUUUCAGCCCUGUAUUUACCGACGGACGUCUGCCGAAAAGCCCAAGCAUUAGUUUGGAGACCUCUUUUGUGGGCAGCAAAACUUCGGACACUCAGGGCAGUACAUCUAGUAUUGGGGAGCCGGAGGUACGUCAGAACAGAACUGCAGAACAGAGCUCAGGGGUUGGAGAUGCCCACAGAGAGCAGACCAGUCGGGAAAGGCUGGCCGGUGAUGGCUCAACCUCUGGGGGCGGGGCUCAGUUUAAAAGCCGUAGCCAGAGUUUCAACACGGACACGACCACCAGCGGCAUCAGCUCUAUGAGUUCCAGCCCAUCCAGAGAGACUGUGGGUGGCGUGGACUCUUCCACCAUUGACACGGACUGCGUUAGCCUCAAUACGGUCAUUAGCACUCAAACUAUCAAAACACUUAACUCUCUCACGCCCCAGUCAAACCACCUGUCCCUAUCCAAAUCAAACUCAGUACUGCUGAUGCCCCCAGGUUCUUCUCACACUUUACCCCGCAGGGCUCAGUCUCUUAAAUCGCCCUCUGUCACGACCAUCUCAAGCCUGACUGACUGUAGCUUCAUGUACGCCAGCCCUCGGGAUGCACUAGGCUACGCUACCCUCAAACGAUUGCAGCAACAGCGCAUCCAUCCUUCCCUUUCUCAUAGCGAGGCGCUCUCCUCGCCUGCCAAAGACGUGCUCUUCACUGACGCCAUCACCAUGAAAACUGGCAGCCUGGACUCCAGACUCACACCACGCAGGUUUACUAAAAAGCGCUUCAGAUGUCUGGGCCAAGGUUCGAGCAAGCCCCAUCGCAGAUCACUGCUUCCACGGUUUCUCAAGGCUCUGAGUUUUGCAUCCUUGGAUAAAGAGGAUCUUCUGAGCCCUAUCAGUCAGACCUCCCUGCAGCGCUCCUCCUCAGUGCGUUCCAUGGUGUCCAGUGCCACAUAUGGCAACUCCGAUGACUACAUUGGCCUUGCUUUGCCAAUGGACAUCAACAGCAUGUUCCAGAUUAAAGACGUACCAUACUUCCAGAAGAGGACGAGUCCACCAUCAGAGGACCGUUCAGCAAAGUUCUUCUUGGGAGAUUCAGAUGGUUCCAGCGAAGGAUCCAGGCAUUCUGUUCUGCGGUCUCAGCUUAGCAUCACAGAGCUGAUUGCAGUGAGCCGUGCGGACCAGCAUCAGCUGCUGGGUGCAGAGGAGACAGGCCUGCAGGAGCACAAUGAGGAGAACUGCCUUUACUGUGCAGGGCUAUGUGUGCUUGGCUGCAAUUCAAACACUCCCGCACAAAGCCGCACAGACUAUCCCGAUGCUCCAUUCACGGAAUGGUGCAACCAGUCCAUACACAACCUGGAAGUCAUGCCUCAGUCGAAGUUCUCAGGAGUGUCUGGCUGCAGCGACGCGGUCUCUCAGGGCUCUGGUGGAAGCACACUCAGCACAGAGCUUGUUCUUGGGGUGAAAAACAUUCCAGAGGAUGCUCCAGCCUGCCGUGUUCUUCUGAGGAAGGAGGUGCUUCGGCUUGUCAUCAACCUGAGCUCCUCAGUGGGGACUAAAGGGAAUGAAACUGGACUCCUCACAAUCAAGGAAAAAUUUCCUUAUGCGUUUGAUGACAUCUGCCUGUAUUCUGAAGUGUCUUACUUGCUGGGUCAUUGCAUGUUCAGACUAGCUUCACGACGCUUCAUUCAGGAACUCUUCCAAGAUGUUCAAUUCAUUCCGAUGUACGAGGAGGCCGAGAGCAUUCUGGCAAUGCCCAAGAAGUCCACCACCACCACAGUAGAUCUUCCAUCAGAGCCGUGAUCCUUUAGACGUUUUUCAGCCAAUUCUCUUCCCCAGGCAGCAAGCCGUCAAUCCAUUUCCUUAGCCUGACGAUGCUCUUAUUAUUAAUCCGCAAUAACAGUCUAGGGCUAUGUGACGGACAUGGGUGGAUUGAGAGAGUCACACGGGAUGUUUCCACAGAGAGAAAAGGCGGUACGUUAAGAGAACAAACUCGUUUUAUCUGAACAAAUACACUACACAUAUGCUCUGUAGACAUCUAUAUUGGAUGUUGUAACCAAAAAAAUCCUAGUGACUGACAGUUAUAAACUGUAUAGCAUUGAAUGGAGAGUGAAACAUGCAAAUAUUUGAACUGAGUCAAUGCAAAUUGUAUUUCAAACACAAGCGAGCAAAAUCAUUCAAGACUCUCUAGGAAGUUUAUUAACUUCCCUCAAUUCCGUUCAGACAAUUUUGUCCUUUUUUAAGGGCCAUUUCGUCUGAUUGCACGUACAAUCAGACGAAGGAUCCCUCAACACUACAACAUUCCGGCUGUUUUUCUUUGGAAUUCUCUGUUAUUAAUUCUGGUUGUUAUGAAGAAGUGGCUUUUGCAGCUAGGAUGAGGAAACGGCGGUCUGCUUUAGUCUUGGUUUGAUUUGCUAUCUAAGACAAUCAUCAUUAAGUAAUAAUAAUGAGCAACUGCCAGUUUUUAUUUCUCCUUUUGUACCUGACUCAUGAAAGAGUAGUUUCUAGUAAUUUUAAUAAAUUCUUAGCACAUAGCAAUCCCCGAGUAAGUGUAUGUAACGUGCAUUUGAUGGUGUUGUUACACAAUCAUGCAGUAGUGACUGUAUUGUGUAACUUGUUAACUGACCUCCGUAACAUCAUCCAAAAAAAUAGAAAUAUUAAAUCAGUAAGAUAUUUAUUUAUUUAUUUACUUAUUUAUUGUUUGGUCCAAGCAGUUUUUCUGUCCUUUUCACACCAUUCUCGCUGUAUAUUAAUUAUGUCUGACAGUCAAUGUAAAUGUAGACAAUGGGCUCAAAAGAGGAAGUUAAAGUGCAUUUCACCACUGCUAUUUUGAAAUUUUUGAAGUUAUUAGUGAUUAGAAGUGACUUUCUGCAGAGAAUUAAUAAAACUAAGACUCGCCAAGUAUAUUUCACAAAAUUUGUUAUGAAAAUAAAAUACUUUUGUUCUUGAUUCUUUAAUUGGGAUUGCUAUUAAUUCUUUUUAACCAGAAUGUGGUCGGGUUAUUUUAAACGGGUAAAAAACAUUCGGGUUAAACUGAUACGAAAUGAUUGAUGCUGAUCUUCAAUCUAUUGAGAAAAAAAAAAUUUUAAUAUGGUCUGCUCAAAUUUAACUGGUCGACACCUAUAAAAUACUAUGCUUUUUAAAAUCAUCAAUAUUUAUAACAGCAAUUCUUAGUUUUGUGCAUUGCCUUUUUGGUUUAAUGAGGUUAAAAAAAAACUGUCUUUAGGGUUUGGAUGCAUCUAGUUUAAAAUUGCAUAAAAAAAAAACAUGACCAAAAAUGGUUAGAUACCCAUUUGUAAGUAUAAAUUUGAUAUUUAAAUUAUUUCUAUGCAAUGUGCCUGUUAAUUAUAUAUGCGCAAUUGACUUAUUGAAAAUAAGACGAUCAAUUCAUACUCUUGGCUGGACCUUUUUUUUAUUUAGGCAGCUUUAAUUAUUUUGCCUUAAUUGUAUUAGCUUUAACACUAUUAUAAUGAAUGAAUUUGCCCUUUUUCUUUUUAUAUUUACUAUAGAAUUUAACAAAUCUGCCUUUGUCUGCUUUGGAUUUUGAAUUGAGCAUCAGGUUUCAACAUCCAUUAUUUUUUUUGUAUUGUGGAAACGAAUGAGUCUGAUGUGGCCAGCAAUACUAGUAAUUGUUACGACAUUUCCUUUUAGGCUUCUCGAGGAAACGUUUAAGUGCAUGAGCAUUCUAAUAUCUGCAGUAUAAUGGAGAGAAAUAUAAGAAAUGUGAGAGCUGCCAGUGAGCACUGAGAGCAUUGAGUGGUACAUAUGAUGCAGCUAAAUAAUAGGUUUUAUACUAGCUGGACAUUAGACAAUAAUUAAUUCAAUGAUAAAAUAUGCUUUUUGAACAAAAAAAACCUUUGGAAUUUGCCCCUAAUCUAUUCUGAGGUUUGUUGUUCUCAGAAAAAUAAUUUCAGCAUUAAUAUCAGAAUGUGUGGUGAAAAGAUUAUUUGUUGGUCUUUUUCCACUGCUAAAUUGUAUUUUGUUAUUUUCUUGCUGCUUUUUUCACCAUGUGACCGGAAGCCAGUGUUAAAUUGUUUUUUAAUUGGUAAUGUACUGGCGUUUCUAAAACCUUUGAAAUAAUAAUAAAAGCGCUAGAUAUUGGAAAGAUAAUUGUAUUUGUGGAACAGGUUUUUCAAGUAUUUGUAAGGGGUUGUUUUGUCCAUCACUAUUAAUGGAUAAGUGUACAUUUGUUCGUUGUACAACUAAAACUAAUUGCACCUUUCUGUGACCCCCCCCCCCCCUCUCCUUUUUUUUAAGUGCACUCAUGAUUUUGCAGAGCACUAAUAUGAAAUGUAAGCACCAUUUAAUAAUGAAAUUGCAGAGACUGAUGCAAGAAGUGUUAUUUAUAUUUUUUCCUGAAGGGAAAAACAUCUAAAACUGUUGUACAUAUUUACAAUAUUUCUGUAAUUAUGAGCUAUAAUUUGAAAAUCUUGAAAAUCUAAUGGAAAGGAUGCAUCUGUGAUCAAAUAAACCUCGAUUUUCUUGA